AUGGCGUUAGCAGCCUCCAGUCACUCCAACCGUCCCUCGUAUAGCAAUGUCAAUUUAGUUCCUCUCCGCGUCAAUGUCGUGUCGAAUGAUCAUUCUCUGGCGAUUGUCGACACGCUGGUCUUUGAUCGCUACUGUUGGCCCAUUCCGCUGUACGAUCCGCUCGAAGAAGCCUUGGAACGAAACGCCGACGAACUCGCCUACACGUUGCUCAGUGAUUUGGAAGUCUACGGAAUGGGACGCACCGUGCGGCAUUUCACCAAUCGGGUGGAUUUGUGGACUACUGGGCUGCAAGAAAAGAUACGAAGACAGCUCUUGCCGCAGCUCCGACAUGUGGCCAAGACUACUAAAUUGAGAAUCCCCAAGCACAUUGACGACGAAGAAGAAAAUGCCCAAAAGCGAAAACGACAAGAGGAGGAAUCAGCAACUAUCAGUACUAGUAGUGAAGCUCAACCGGCUCAAAAAUCCUCCAAGCGAAAACGAAAAGCGGCUCUGGUUCCAGUUCGUCUUCGCUUGUGCGUCAAUGGCGUGCGGAUUCAUGACGACUUUAUUUGGGAUUUGAGUGUCCCUCAGUGUCCGCUCCAAUUUGCGCAGAGCUUGGGAAAGGAUUUGAAUUUGUCCGAGGAAGCUGUUGUGGCAAUCAUGACGUCGAUCGUAGAGCAGUUGGAUGGAAGUGUGGUCGAAGACACCAAAGACUUGGACGUCAACUCGGCCAAAAAGAAUGCAUCGGCCGCUUGGGCUUUGGAACAUCGAGUGCACUUGACCAAUGUCACACAGAUAUUGACGCUUCAUCGACCACAGCAACCUGCAACAUCAACAGCACCUUCUAGGUAG